CCCAUUGAAGAUAUAAAAUUAGAUAUGUCAGUUGCGAAGCCGAAUCGUCAGUGUAAUUAUUCAAUCGCUUCACGAUGUUUGUCGGUACGCAAUCGCUUCACGUCAUCGUCCAUACAAAACUGCGUUAAUGAUAAACGUCGUUUAAGUGACGGCUUGGAAUCAGCACCGGUCUGCAGUCAGGCGCUGACUGGUGAUUCCGGAGAGCUUGGUCGUCGCACUAACUCUGAGCCUCGUCUUGUAUGCUUAUUCUCUAAAUAUCCCCAAUCAACGAAUAAUAGAUAUACACUGAAGGAAUGCCUCAGCGAUGUUUCUCUAGCUGCUAAAAAGAAAUCUGGAGGAGCGUUGCCUGUUCUGCAAGAAAAUUUCGUCUCUGUAGAUGCUCUUGUGGCGAACUCUGAUAAUCUUUUGCGUCCUCCACUGCCGCUGAAACAAAAAUCUAGAAAUUGUUCGGGGAGGAUCGCUGGUUCGCCCUUAGCCCGCCCUCAGCAAUUGAAUGUAAAGGCAUGCUAUAGUCCUGAAAUUAAACUCCAGGAACUUUUGGAACUAGACCCCGACACUUUUAUUUUCGGGAAAACUGAGCACACUGCUGCAAUGGAGCGAAAUCGAUUGCAUCUGAAUCCAGUAGUUUCAAGCACUCUCCCGUUUCCGAUCAACACCUGCCUAACCUAUCCUACAAGUCCCGGGGGCAAUGAAGAAACAGACACUACAACUUCGGCUUACCGUUCAGGUCACAUCGACAACCUGAGGUAUGCGUUCGCUCCAUUUGCCUCUUACUAUACUUAUGGAAAUAACUUGGAAACAUCGUCGGCGAAAUAUCAUUUGAAAGCAACGUCUACCCCAGCCCUGACUUCGACACCUCAACCUCACAUAACGUCGGUGGCUGCGACAGCCUCUUCUUCUGGCAACAUCGCGUCGGAGUUUGACACACCGAAUGACUCCUUGCAACGAAUAGGUGAGUAAGGGUCGUGACCCGCUUCUUUAAAAUUAGUUUUCACUUUUCCAAUCUGAGAACAGACUUUAUUUUAACGGUAGUCGUUUAAUGGAUAUCAA